CGCCCACUGAAGAUGGCGGCGGAGCUGCAUCCGCGGAGCGGAAAGCUGAUCGGCCUGUCCAACUCCAACCGAACCGCCCGGCGCAACCAGCCAGUCCAGGAGUUCAACCAUGGCCUGGUGCUUAGCAAGGAGCCGCUGAGGGACCGGGAUGUCUUCACCGUCCGUAUCGACAAGAAGGUGAACUCGUGGAGCGGCUCCAUCGAGAUUGGCGUGACGGCACUGGACCCCGCAGCGCUGGACUUCCCCAGCAGUGCCACAGGCCUCAAGGGCGGCUCCUGGAUUGUGUCGGGCUGCUCGGUGCUACGUGACGGUCGCUCGGUCCUGGAGGAGUACGGCCGCGACCUCGACCAGCUAGCCGAGGGCGACCGCGUAGGCAUUCAGCGCAGCUCCCGCGGGGAGCUCCACCUCUGGGUUAACGGCCAGGACUGCGGCGCAGCCGCCAGCGGCCUUCCACCCAAGCUCUGGGCGGUGGUGGACCUGUAUGGCAAGUGCACUCAGGUGACGGUGGUGAGCUGCGAGCCGCCACCGGCCUCCGCAGAGAAAGAGACAAUAGAGCAGGAUGAGGAGGUAGAUGAAGAGGAAGAGGAGGAAGAGGAAGAGGAAGAAGAGGUGGUGGUGUGUGGGGUUCGGGAGGACGCAGGGAUCACGGCACUGAUGAAUGUGGCAGCAAUGAAUGGAAUGAUGAAUGGAGAUGAAGUGCCUGAGCUCAGCUGCAGUCACAGCAGACCAGACAAGUUCCCCAACAACCUGGAGCCUGACGCGGUUCUAACGGAGCACCAGCUCUUUGACGUGUUCAACAACGCAAUAGUAUCUUUUUACCGCUCAGAGGACGAGGGCGGAGGGGAGGAUGGUGGAGGUGGAGGAGGUACAGGAGGAGGAGGAGGAAGUGCAGGAAAUGACUCCUCUUCUAGAAAUGACAGAGGGAGCAGCAGCAGUGGAGGAGGCACAAUCAGCACCGACAGCGGGACAGGGACGACAGGAGGAGGAGGUGGAGGAGGAGCUAGUAGCGGUGGUGGAGAAAGCGGGAAUACUAACAACAGUCCCGCUGGUAACGGAGGCGGGGGGCUUAGCGUGGUGACAGGGGGCAUGACCACCAACGACGCGCUGCUGUUCCAUGAGAAGUGCGGCACGCUGAUCAAACUGAGCAACAAUAACAAGACGGCGGAGCGGAGGAGACCGCUGGACGAGUUCAACAACGGCGUGGUGAUGACCAACCGGCCACUCCGACACAACGAGAUGUUCGAGAUCCGUAUUGAUAAGCUGGUGGACAAGUGGUCAGGCUCCAUAGAGAUCGGUGUGACCACACAUAACCCCAACAACCUGGACUAUCCUGCAACUAUGACUAAUCUGCGCUCAGGUACAAUCAUGAUGAGUGGCUGUGGGAUAUUAACCAAUGGGAAAGGAACCCGAAGGGAAUACUGCGAAUUUAGCCUUGAUGAACUCCAGGAAGGAGAUCACAUAGGGUUGAUGCGCAAAGCCAGCGGAGCUCUGCAUUUCUACAUCAAUGGCAUCGACCAAGGUGUUGCAGCAGCCCAGACCCCUGCCGUUGUCUACGGUGUGGUCGACCUCUAUGGUAUGGCCGUCAAAGUCACUAUAGUCCACAACCACAACCACAGUGACCGCCUCAGACGCAACAACGCCAUCAUGAGGGCUCUGUCGCCUGACGUUGGUCGGCCCAGGCCGUCUCUCUCCCUCACCCCAGACUCAGAGGGGCCUGAUAGACUGCUCUUCCACCACAAUUGUGGCCAGAAGGCCGCCAUAAUCAGUGACGGCAGGACGGCGCUGCGGCCACAUGCGACCGAUGACUUCAACCACGGUGUGGUCCUGAGCAGCAGGCCACUGCGCUCCAACGAGGUUUUCCAGGUUCGUAUUGACAAGAUGGUGGACAAAUGGGCAGGUUCCAUCGAAAUCGGUGUCACGACGCACAACCCCGCCUACCUACAGCUGCCCUCCACCAUGACUAACUUGCGCUCAGGGACGUGGAUGAUGACGGGGAACGGUGUGAUGCACAAUGGAACAACGAUACUGGAUGAGUACGGACACAACUUGGACCGACUCAAAGCAGGUGACACAGUGGGAGUAGUGCGGAAAGAAGAUGGCAGUCUCCACUUCUUUGUAAACGGUGUGGCUCAGGGCCCAGCGGCCUGGAACGUCCCCCCCAGCGUCUACGCCGUGGUCGACCUCUAUGGUCAGGCUGCUCAGGCCACCAUCAUGGAUGACAUGGUUGACCUCCCCCCUCUCCCAGAGGACAGCUCAGAGGGCCCCACAGCCAUGUCUCCCGGCAGCCCCUGCUCCAUAGCCGGCAUCAGCACGACCACCGACCUGCGUUUUCACCAGCUUCACGGCACCAAUGCUGUCAUUACCAACGGGGGGCGCACCGCUCUGCGUCAGAACUGUCGAAGCGAGUUCAACGACGCUAUUGUCAUUUCCAACAGGUGCCUUCGAGAUGGAGAGCUGUUUGAAAUCAUUAUUCAGAAGAUGGUGGACCGCUGGUCGGGUUCAAUAGAAGCAGGAGUGACGGCCAUCAGGCCAGAGGAGCUCGAGUUUCCCAACACGAUGACUGAUAUUGACUACGAUACUUGGAUGCUCAGUGGGACAGCCAUCAUGCAGGAUGGCAACACAAUGCGCAAUAACUACGGCUGUGACCUGGACUCUCUGACCACGGGCUCACGAAUUGGCAUGAUGCGCUCAGCUAGUGGCGACCUCCACUAUUACAUCAAUGGCGUGGAUCAAGGUGUCGCCUGUUCCGGUCUGCCACCAGAAGUGUUUGCUGUGAUAGAUCUGUAUGGUCAGUGCGUUCAGGUGUCCAUCACCAGCUCCUCAGGCCCGCUGGACAACAGCCUGUGUACCAGCAAUAUCACAGAGAAGAGCUUCCCCAUCCACUCACCAGUAGCAGGGGUUGCCCAUCGACUCCACAGUAAACAUGGUAAGAACGUGGUGCUGCUGGGUGAGGGCUGCCAGGCUGUCAGAGUUGGAGGUUAUGCUCACGGCAUCAUGUUCAGUGCUAAAGAGCUGAAAGUGGACGAGAUGUUUGAGGUGAGGAUUGAUGAAGUGGAUGAGCAGUGGUGCGGUUCGCUGCAUAUCGGUCUAACCACACUUGCACCUCCUGAGCUGCCGUCCUGCCCACUGUCAGGCCUCUCCCCCUCCCUCCCGCAGCUUCGCACCAAGGUCACCUGGCUGCUCUGCGGCUCUGAGGUCCGUCGCAACGGUGUGCUGCAGCGCCAGAACUACGGCUGCUCACUGGACCGGCUGACGGUUGGGAACCGUGUAGGUGUGAAGAGGCUCAGCGACGACACCAUGCAUAUUUUCAUUGAUGGAGAAGAUAUGGGACCUGCUGCUACUGCAGUCGCUAAGAAUGUGUAUGCAGUUUUGGACCUGUACGGGCGGAUAACAGCGGUGUCCAUCGUCAGCUCCUCCCUGAUGGAGGACAUGGAGAGCGUCAAGGCGCCCUCUCUCUCCUCAGACAGCUGCAGCGAAGGAGAGGAGGACAGCACUCCUGUCAGAGAGGUGGAGAGCGAGCCGUGUGCGCUGGUGCCAACCGUUAUGGCAUUCCUGGAAAACCACGGCAAGAACAUCCAGCUGUCCAACCAGAACCUGACAGCAGCCAGAGUGUCGAGCUACAACCAGGGUCUGCUGGUCACCGCCCUGCCGCUCGCUCGCCAGCAGCUGUUCCAGUUUCAGAUCGACCGUCUGAACCCGUCUUGGACGUCGUCACUCUCGUUAGGGGUGAUCGGUCAUUCCCCCGACCGCCUCAACUUCCCCUCCACAGCGUGCUGUCUGAAACGCUCCGCCUGGCUGCUGCAGAGGGACUCCGUCUUCCACAACUCCUUAAAGAUAUGUGAGAACUAUGGUCCUAACCUGGACACUUGUCCCGAGGGGACGGUAUUGGGUCUGCUGGUGGACGCCAACAGUUGUCUCCAUCUCUACGUCAACGGAAUGGACCAGGGGGUGGCGGCGCAGGACAUCCCUUCACCCUGUUACCCCUUCAUUGACCUCUACGGCCAGUGUGAACAGGUUACUAUAGUAACCAAUAAUGUACCAGCUGUGGGUGGAGAGAGUGGUGAGACCCGCUGUCAGGGCGACAUGGAAAAGGCAGACAUGGUUGAUGGAAUCAAAGAGAGUGUGUGCUGGACGCCGCCUCCAGAGGUCAACCCCAACAAGACCUGCGAGUACCAGGCACUGUGCUCACGUUUCAAGGACCUGCUCACGUUACCUGAUGGUUACUUCAAUGAAGACGCGAAGUACAACCUGUGUUACUGCGAGUCCUGCCACAAACUGCGGGGUGACGAGGCUUAUUACAAGAGAGGAGAGCCGCCUCGUGACUACGCCCUGCCCUUCGGAUGGUGCCGCUUCGCCCUCAGGAUCAAGUCCCACUGUGAGGUUUCUAAUGCACUGAAGAAGUGGCACAUUGCGUACCACGGCACUAGUGUAGGAGCCCUGCGACGUGCCCUGGAUCACAGCCAGCUGCUGCCUGGGACGUCGUCUAUCUUCUCCGUGUCUCCGGUGAAGGCAGAGGGGCCUAACGGUUACAGUGAGCCAGAGGAGAACAGCGCCCCCGGCAGGGAGGUUCCCAGAGUGCGGCUCUCCCCCACCAUGCGCUACUCCGGCUUGGAGAUCUUUGCCCCCAAAGUGCAAUUUCAGGACCCCCGCUCUCACCGAUGCCACCAGGCCCAGGUGGGAUUCCAGGUGUGCGUGCGUCCAGGCUCCUACAAAGUGGGACCGCAGACGCUUGGCAACAGUGAGCCCCUCGACCCGCGCUUCAGCAACUCAGAGAUCGAGUGGAUCACGAAGGAGCAGGGCGGCACGCUCCUCUACGGACUGCUCAUCCGGGUCGAGUGAAAGGAGCGACAAAAGAGGCAUUCGGGUGGAAGCGAGGAGGGUCCCGGGUACGCGCACCCUGUGGCACUCCUCGUACUUUUACUAAACUGACAACCAAAUCCAACCCCUGCCUUGAGCAAGAGACUCCUCUGGAAUCCAGCUGUUCCUACUGUGGAUUGUUGACAAUUCAGCAUUUCAGAUUUUCUUUAUUUUGUUGGUUUUGGUUGUGUGCUCUUGGACUCUUUUAAUGGGCGGGGGCUACGGCGGUUUCAAAGAAGAACAGACACUGCCUGCACUUUAUGUUUCGGACACUCGUGGGCGAUUUUUAAACUAACUUCUCAUCGACACGACACGUUUGUUCAUUUGCUGCAAUUCAAUUUUUUGCCACCCUUUUUUUUUUUCUUUUUUUUUUUCCUUCUUCCCAACAUCUCAUUUUCUUCCACACUCACAAACCGCUUUUUUUUUUCUGAAUCUUUUGGCACUUGUUUUAACACUAAGCACCUCAGCUUUUUAUUUUGGGAGGAGCUGUCCCCUGCCAAUCUGCACGUUAAUGAACUGUCAUUUAAAAAAGACUGAACUGUGGGGUCAAAAAAAAAAGAAAAAAAAAAGAGAAAUCGGGUGACAAUGUUUUCACGAAAAUACAAAAGACAGAAAAGACACUUGAAUCUUCAAAUGAAUCCAAGAGUGUCUUGUGAUUGUGACUUCUUUAAAGGGGGAGGGGGGAGGGGGACAUUUUAAAACUGGAGGAAGAGAAAUGUUUACACGUGUACCAUUGUAUGUUGCUGUCCUCUCAGCGUCUCCACGUUAUCAGUCUGGCUUCUUUAUCAGUCCUGUUUGUGGUGUCUGUUUCGGCCCGGCUCAUUUCUGACUCCUCUUAUCAACGAGAAACAUUCACAGAAAGUUUAAAAGUGUCGUGAGAAAAUGGGACUUACAACAAAACCUCCUGCACCUUUUUGGAAAGCUAAAAAUUAAGAUACUGAAAGACAAACGAUGAUCCAGCCGACAGCUUGUGUGCGUUACAACCGAAACGAGAUAUUUAAAAAUAUGUAUAGUUACUUCUAGACUCGGCGCGUUGUGAUACACCAACUGUUGCUGGUUCGAGCACAAAGAUUUAGAAGAGUACUUUGACAUUUUUGGGGAUAAGCUUGUUCGCUUUUUUUUUUGCUGGGAGAUAAUAAGAUUAACACAGCUCUUUGGUAACCUAAAUAUGAAGUUGCAGCCAAGACAUAAGCUAGUCCGGCACAUAACCUCAGAAAAACGAUGAAUCGUCGUUUUCACACACUUAACGUAACUCUCCGCCAGUAAAAGGAUUAAGCGUAUAUCUCCAAAAUGUCUGACGUUUUACUUUGAAGUGUUUUACAUGGACUGAAGCCAAAAGUUUCAAGUGGUUUUCCACAUCACUCCCGCUGUCUCGCUUUCCCCCCACAUCGUUUACACUUGCACACACCUCCGCUCUCCGAUCCAUCCAUUUGUCACGUCUGACUGUGUUUACCUGGCAGGGCCUCCAGAGCCAACACUGAGGAGUCAUCUGCGUCACCACGCUGGUGUUUACAUGUGAAUGUUAUUAAUUAGGGCUCUGCAGUUUUCUAAUUUAAACAUUAUUGAUUUUCAUUUGUCAAAAAAAAAAAAAAGAAGUUUAUACAAGGGUUUUAUUUCAUCCAAAAACAUCCACCAUAAUGAUUGAUUGUAUGUGAACAGCUUUCCAAAGUUUUAUUUUUUAUUUUUUUUGGUGAUCGUUCUCAAUCCUGUUGCCAAUUUGAUAAACCUGCUAAAAAUCAUGAAACCCCAACAUUUUUUUUUUCAAGGCACAGUUUUGAUGAGUCAAACUCAAGAUUACAAUUUUUAAAAAGAAAAAAAAAAAAAAAGCUCAGUCACCUUCUACGAGCAGCUGUGAUCUGACUGAAGAAAGAUCUGCGGGGUUUGGCAAAGGAAAAACUUCCAAUCAAAAAUGUGAAAAAUAUUAUUAUAUGGGUUAUUUACGGCCCAGUGCUGCUUUGUACAAUUUAAUUUGUAUUGUUUUCUCUUUUUUUUUUUGUUUUCUGUAUGUUGCAUUGUACAGGCUGUUACAUAACAAAUCAUAUCUUCCUGAUUUAUAAAAAAUAAAAAUAAACUGAGAGACAGUAUGCACAGAAGGAUGGU